UCAAGUCACACACUGACAUCUAACUUUGGACUUCAGGUAUAGGGUGGACUUUUCGUCUCCAAAAAGCACCGCUGCUUGGGGAGAACUCGUGCACGGCUUGUGCGUCUCCAGACUUCCAACACCCCCUCAACAUUUUCCUCCACUUCCCCCAUCCAAGCUCUCUCUUUUUUUGCAGUAAUGAAGUGCAGUUAUGGCAAGGAGUAGCAAGUCAGCGGCGAGGACCCUGGAGGAUUUGACGCUGGACUCGGGUUAUGGUGGAGCCGCGGACUCCUUCAGGUCUUCCAGUGCGUCUCUGUGCUGCUCGGAGGCGCAUGGGGGGAACCACCACUGGCAUCUAACCGACUCCAUGCACAGUCGACACAACAGUCUGGACACUGUGAACACCGUCCUGGCCGAAGACGCAGAGAUCCUGGAGUGCGCGGGGCAAUGCGCGAAACUGCCCGAGCUUGAGGAUGUUCCGUGGAGCCUCGGGGAGGUGCUGAGCGCCCUGGGCAAGGACGAGGAGACGAGCCCGCCGCAGCAGGACGUCCUGCUCCGGCUGUCCGCGCUACUCGGCCGCGUCCUGGUGCGGGUGGCCAAGGAGGCGCAGCGCCUCAGCCUGCGCUACGCCAAAUGCACCAAGUACGAGAUCCAGACCGCCGUGAAGCUGUGCCUGUCGUGGAGCGUCUCCGUGAGCUGCGUCACGGCGGCGCUGGGCGCGCUGUCCCUGUACAACAUGAGCACGGAGGAGGACAAGUUCAGCCGCGGCAAGUCCGCGCGCUGCGGGCUGCUCUUCAACGUGGGCAGGUUCUUCAGGUGGAUGGUGGACAGCAGGGUGGCCGUCAGGGUGCACGAGCACGCCGCCAUCUACCUGGCCGCCUGCAUGGAGAGCCUGUUCCGCUCGGUGUACGCGCGGGCGCUGCGCGGCGCUGCGCCCCCGGAGCGCAGCAACGGCGUCCCCGACUUCACCGUGGAGACGCUGGAGCAGGCGGUGCGCGGGGACGCGGAGCUGUGGGGCUGCCUGCAGCCCUGGACGCACCUGGUCUGCGGGAAGAAUGCAAGCGGUGUGCUCAGCCUUCCUGAGGGUCUGACUCUUCACAGGGACCAGCAGCAGCAGCGAGCGGGGAAGAGCGGAGAGGGAAAUACCUACAGUCAGUCGGAGCUUCGCUCCAUCGAGCAGUGCUUAUUGGCCACGAGGGUGGGGAGCAUCUCCGAGCUCAGCGACCUGGUGUCCCGAGCAAUGCACCAUCUUCAGCCGCUGUAUAUAAAGAACCACAACAACGGGACCCCCAUGCACCAAAAGAGUGGAGUGAUUCAGUGGGCACCUGAGGCGAUCUACACGCUGUGUUACUUCAUGCACUGCCCUCAUAUGGAGUGGGAGAAUCCCAACGUUGAACCCUCUAAGGUCACCUUACAAACAGAGAGGCCGUUUCUGGUGCUGCCGCCCCUGAUGGAGUGGGUGCGUGUGGCCGCGGUCCACACCGAGCACAGACGCAGCUUCUCUGUGGACAGCGAUGACGUCCGGCAGGCUGCCAGGCUGCUGCUGCCCGGAGUGGAUUGUGAGCCCCGUCAGCUCCGAACGGAUGACUGCUUCAGUGCCUCGAGGAAACUGGAUGCUGCCUCUGUUGAAGCAAAGUUCCUGCAGGACCUGGGCUUCCGUAUGCUCAGCUGUGGACGCACGGACCUGGUGAAGCAGGCUGUCAACCUGCUCGGACCAGAUGGAAUCAACAGCAUGAGCGACCAGGGGAUGACCCCGCUGAUGUACGCAUGCGUCCGUGGAGACGAGGCCAUGGUGCAGAUGCUGCUGGAUGCCGGAGCAGACAUUAACAGCGAGGUGCCAAACACAGUGCACAAGCACCCCUCAAUCUUUCCCGAAACCAGGCAGGCGACGUCCCUCACAUUCGCUGUGUUACACGGACAUGUGCCCGUGGUUCAGCUGAUGUUGGAUGCCAAAGCCAAUGUGGAGGGUUCCUUGCAGGAGGGCAUGGAGAACUACACGGAGACCCCGCUGCAGCUGGCUGCUGCUGCAGGUAACUUUGAGCUGGUGAGUUUGCUGCUGGAGCGGGGCGCUGACCCCAUGGUGGGCACCAUGUACCGCAACGGCAUUUCUACCGCGCCACAGGGAGACAUGAACUCCUACAGCCUGGCAGCCGCACACGGACACAGAAAUGUGUUCCGUAAGCUGCUGUCUCAUUCAGACAGAGGGAAAGGGGAUGUGUUGUCGUUGGAAGAGAUUCUGGCUGAAGGUUCGGGGCUGGAAGGAUCAAAUCCAUCUCAGGUGGACUUAAUCCGAACUGGGAAGGCCAAACUUAAAGCCCUUAAAGAAGCCAUGUACCACAGUGCCGAGCAUGGGCAUGUAGACAUCACCAUAGAUAUACGGAGCCUUGGAGUCCCAUGGACUUUGCACACCUGGCUGGAGUCUCUGCGUACAUGUUUCCAUCAGCACCGCCGACCUCUCAUCCAAGGUCUUCUGAAAGAGUUCAUCUGCAUCGAGGAGGAGGAGUACACUGAAGAGCUCAACACACACGGCCUGCCUCUCAUGUUCCAGAUCCUCCGGGCCAGCAAGAACGAAGUGAUCAGCCAGCAGCUGGCUGCGAUUUUUACCCAGUGUUAUGGUCCGUACCCCGUCCCAAAAUUGUCAGAGAUAAAGAGGAAGCAGUCAUCCCGCCUGGAUCCUCACUUCCUGAACAAUAAAGAGAUGUCUGAUGUGACCUUUUUGGUGGAGGGGAAGCCUUUUUAUGCCCACAAAGUCCUGCUCUUCACAGCAUCCACCAGGUUCAAAAUUCUUCUAGCCAACAGACCUUGUGGUGAAAACACGUGCAUUGAAAUCAGCAACGUCAAAUAUCACAUCUUUCAGCUGGUGAUGCAGUAUCUGUACUUCGGAGGGACAGACGCGCUGCACAUCAGAAACACUGACAUUAUGGAGCUCCUGUCAGCAGCCAAGUUCUUCCAGCUGGAAGCGUUACAGAGGCACUGUGAGAUGAUUUGUUCCAAGAACAUCAACACGGAAACUUGUGUUGAGAUCUACAACCAUGGCAAGUUUCUUGAAGCUCAAGACCUGGCGUCGUAUAUAGAGGGCUACUUUCUGAAGAACAUGGUGGUCCUGAUUGAGCUGGAGCCGUUCAAACAGCUGCUGUACGACCCUCCUCCUGAAAACCCUGGCUGUGACGUCCUGCAAGCGCUGGAGAAAACCCUGGCCAUUCGCAUCCAGUCCAUCCACCUGUCCUCCUCCAAGGGGUCCAUCGUCUGAUUAACAGUUAUUAGUCCCCAGAGACAUUUCAAAGACGCAACACUGUAAGACAUGGGGCGUUUCUGGUUAAAGAGGGAAAACAGGACUGCCAAUUUUGUUUCUGUGCAACUAAUCGAGCGCUGUAACGCUUCUGUUAUCCAAGCACAGAUUAUUACGAGUCUGUCUGUCUGCCUUCUUGAUAUACAGUAUGUGUACUAACAUGACUGUCAUAGGGUAGCUGCAUUAUACCUCAACUUGCCAAUACCAGAUAUAUAACUGUAUUAAUGUCCCUUAUUCAACUUCAGAUAUUCUGUUCUGUGUUGGCUUGAAUGGAUCAGGGGGCAUCACAGAAACUCUGAGCUUCAUAUAAACACAAUUGUCUCCGAACUCCGAGCAUAAUGCGAUAAGCCAUCUGUGGAUAUGAGGAAGAACCGCGGCCUUGUGUCGUGAACGUUUUCUGAAACGUUCGGACUCAUUUGUUGGUCAGAUCCGUGCUGAUUACUCCUCAAAGCCAAACAAGAGAAACAAAAGGAAAGACUUUGCGCAGCUGAGUAGAAAAGACAGCUUUUAUUUCCUCCACUUCAGUGUACAUUUUGUUUAUAGAAAGGAGAGAUAUUGAUAAUGUAAGUUAAUGUAUAUAUCCAUAUAUUUUUUUCUCAUGUGUCUUACUGUUAGACAUUGUUGUAGAAGCAAAAACUUUAUCUUGUAAAUAUUUGUGUUUAAUGUUGCAUGUCAGAGAAAUGGCCUGUUUUUCUGUUUGAACUGAUGAGGACGACAUUAAGGAGCUGCUUAUACAUUUGAAAAGUGUUUUUCUCAUCAGCGCAGCUCAAAAGAUGUCAUAAUUUCUUUCAUAAUACUGAAAGGGCUCCUCGCCUGCUUUAUCCUGUAUUGGGAACCGUUUGCUACAAGGGUGUUUUCCAGGGUUUAUGAAAAUGUUUGACUUCUGAUUUCCUCUGUAAAGAUCACUGUAAACA